AUAUAUUUUUAAAACUAUACCCAUAAAUUAAUAUAUACUAUACAUACCAUAUGAUAAGUUUGUGACAAUAUAACAAUCAGCCCUAUUCCAUGUAUAGAUCUAUCCCUCAUCGUCCUCCGUUAGCAUACUUCCUCUUCCAUGUACUUGUUAAAAAGUACGUUUUGUACCUUUUUUAAACAGAUUUAUAUCAAUGCUUUGUUUUAUUUCUGUUUCCAGGCUGUUCCUUUGGAUCAUUCACAGACACACGCAGACUGUGGGUUGUAAAGUGAUGCAGAAGGAGAGGAAAAACAUCCAAAUCUUUACACAAGAUUAAGAUUAACUGACCAGGAGCCAUACCUUUCAUAUUCUGGGAAUCUUGGGAUAAUACAAAUAAAAUGUUACUUUAAUUAGACAUUUGGUUCAGCAGGGACAUUUUAAAGGGACCUGGAGAAAAGAUGUUCAAUCCAGUCCCCCAGAACUACAAUCCUGCAAAUUUGAGUACUGGACUCUGGCUGCCUGUGUUGGGUGAAAGGUCCCAAUUAAGGUGUUUGAGUGCAUUACAACAGUAAGACAACACUUAACAAACCAUGAUUUUGGUGACAUCAUGCUGUGGGACUGUUAUGGAUCCAAUUUAUCAACUUCCUUUCAAAUUAUCUGUUGCAAAAUGAUUGAAACUUGGACACCAAACGGUAUAAUUAUCUUAAACUCAGAGGUUUUCUUUAUAAUGUUGGAAAAGCCUCAACCCCAAACCUGUGGAAAAUCAGUGAACUCUGCUUAAAAGCUGGGUCCCUUCCAGGAAAAAAAACAGUCUGAAUGGGCUUAAUAUACGCGAGGCGUAGAUGGAAACCAGAGCUGAAAAUAAUUUAAAAUAAUAAUAAUAAAUCCCUACAUUGAGAAGUACACCUGAGAUAAAUCCACUUCUGGUUCAGAGACAACAUUUCACCUUUAAAGCUUCUCUGUCACAGAGGGUUGAAGCACUGAAAGCUAAAUGGACGUUUGUUUAACAUUUAUUUGACACAAAAUGAAAAUACAGAUCAUUAACAGAGAGUUAAAUAUUGUUGAAUUGUUGUGAAAAGUUCUUUCAUCACUGUAAGAUCACUGCUUUUACUUAUUUAUUUAGUUAUUUUGGUGUAAAACUGAGUUAAUUCUCAUGUUUCAUUGUUAAAACUAAUCUCCAUCAGCUAAAACAGGAGAGUGUGAUGCUGCCCCCGUGUGGUCACAUUUAGGGCUGCAUUCUGUGCUGUUUUUCUCAGUCAAAAUGUUUAUCUACACCAUACUGCCAAAAGUAUUCGCUCCCCUGCUUUGGAAGCAUAACACAAACAAACGAAGGACAUCACGCUGGACAUUGAGGCACCAAACUGUUGACCGAAAACCACUGAUCAAUCAGUGAAAGUGGGUUUGGACCGAGACGGCCUUUCGGUCAACGACUCCAGUGUCAGAGGAGUUAAUGUGUAAUGAGACUGGAGCCCCAGCCGGAUUUGGAUCAGUUUGUCCCUCAGAAGUUCAAGGAUGGAUCUGAUCCGGCUCUUUACCUUGUCUCUCUGCUGUGAGUCAUUUUCAGUAAUACUCGUAAUCAGUGGAACUUGUGGCACUUUUAGCUGCUCCACGCUGAGUGAGCAAUUUUAUUAAUUUUGCAAAUAACCGUAAAAAAAAAAAUGAAUAAGUAAACAGGAAACAUGAGAUCUCUGUUCCUGAUGAAAGCAUGACAUAACAGAGAUAAAGGACUUUUCUUGGUGUCUGUUCGAAAAUGAAGUGACCUCCACUGAUCUCCUGCUUGUCUCUGAUUGGUUGACAGGUUGGAUGGCCGCUUCCAGGUAUGUGUGGUCAGACAAACCUGUGAUCCUGGUGGAGGGAGAAAUGAAAGAUGGAGAGACGAUUGAAGUCAGCUGCAUCGUUCCCAUUCCCUACGGAGGAGGGGACUGUCGCCUCUUCAGAGAACCCUCCGAUUUCCCCUUCAAGGUGUUGACAGCCACGAGUUACGUGUGUGUUUUCAAUCUGACGUCAAAGGAGGUGCUGGGGAACAAGCCGGUGGGCAGCCGCGUCAGGCUCAGGUGUGACUACAAGCUCCAGGAAUACACCUCAGUCCUCAGCGACAACAAAGGCGUGACCGUCUGGGGUACCAGACCCAGUCCCAGUCUGUCCAUCAGCCACCGCUUUGUCUCACCUGAUGACAUCAUCGAGCUCACCUGUUCGCCUCCAGUGUCCCCAGUCGACACCUGCAACUUCUACCAAAGCAGCUAUUAUAUCACGGAUGGUCCCUGCAGCCGGAACGUGACGGUCAGAGAGCUCGCCAAGUAUGAGAAGAAAACCCUGCUGCUUCCUCUCAACCUCACCUGCACGUAUGAACCCGAGAGCCAUCGCUACAUCAUCUCUGAGCACAGCGAGCCCCAGCUGCUGUUUGUAGUCGAUGCGAGCACGGUGACCUCACCAGUCGACUGCUUGGUGUCGGUGAGCGAGGAUCAGCUGGAGGCAUUUGGAAAACAGACGUGGACGACGUUUUGCCCAAACGGAACGACCGUCACCGUUCAGAUGACCAACAGCAGCCUGAACCUUCAAAAGACCUGUAACUAAAAUCUGAACAUAAAAAAAUUACCAGAACCCAGAAGUGGGUAGUAACUGGUUACAUUUCCUCAGUUACAUUUAAUUGAGUAACUUUUUGAACAAAAUGGACUUUUAGGAGUAGUUUUACUGCACUGUACUUUUUACUUUUACUUGAGUCAUAGUAUCGGCGCUCUUACUUGAAUAAAAUCUCUGGCUACUCUACCUGCUGUGAGUAACUUCAUGAAUAAAGAACAUUAAUAAAA